AUGGCGCUCCUCCUCCUCUUCCUCUCCAUCCUACUCUGCUUCGACGCCGCCGUGGCUGGGUCAUCUCGUUCUCCGGCCACCGAGCUCUUCGUCCUCGGCGACUCCACCGUCAGCUGCGCAGCCAGCAUUCUCCCCCUCAACCUCACCGCACCCUCCCUCCCCGCCGGCCCGUGCCUCUUCCCCUCCGCGCGCCGCCUCCUCCCCGACCACCUCGCCGCCAAGAUGGGGCUCCCAGCGCCGCCCCACAUCUCCACCCUCAACGGCACCGCGGCCGCCGCGGCGAGGGGCGUCAACUUCGGCGGCCAGUACGGCGACCGCGGGAUGUUCCGCAUGGGCGCCGUCGGGCAGCAGCUCCGCCUGGCCGCCGAGACUCUGCAGCUGCUGCAGCUCGAGGCGGGCACUCCGCAGGACGCCUCCGCCGCCGCGGCGGGCGCGGUGUUCGUCCUGUCCUUCGGCACCGACGCCUACGCGCGGCUGCUCGCGCGCGGGCCCGCCGAGGCCGACGCCGCCGCGCCCAAGCACGGCCGCCGCGGGCUCGGGCGCCUCCUCGCCGACCGCAUCGCCCGCGCCGUCUCAGAGCUGUACGAGGCGGACGUGAGGAGGGUGGCGGUGAUGGGGGUGGCGCCGCUGGGGUGCGCGCCGCGCGUCAUGUGGGAGGGGACGCGCGCUCUGGACGGCGGCCGCGGCGGCUGCGUGGAGGAGGCGAACGAGCUGAUCCAGGGGUACAACGCCAGGCUCGCGGCGAGGCUGGACGACCUGCGGCCGGAGCUGCCUGGCGCCGCCGUCGUGUUCUGCGACGUGUACAGGGGGAUGAUGGAGAUCCUCUCCAAUCCCGGCAGAUACGGGUUGGAGGAGACGAGGGAGGCGUGCUGCGGACUGGGCCCGUUCAAGGCGACGGUGGGGUGCCUGAGCAAGGAGAUGGCGUGCGGCGCGGCGGCGGCGGCACGGCACGUGUGGUGGGAUCUCUACAGCCCCACGGAGGCCGUGGACGCUCUCGUCGCCAACUGGUCGUGGGGGCGGUCGCCGGCGGAUUCGGCCUCCGGCUCCGGUGCGACGAUGAGCAGCAUCUGCAGCCCCAUCUCUUUGCAGCAGCUGGCAGCUGCUGAGGCGCCGGCGGCGGGUUAAAUAACUCCAGUUAUUUACUA